CCCAUUUCCGUUAUUGCCAAAUUAACGCUAUGGCUUCAAAUAAUUCACACCCGAACUCCUCUCCUUCACCGCCGGCGGCUAAAGAAUCCGAGUUAGAUUCCGCCACUAAGGCAGCGUGCGAGGAAGCACUUGCUAUGUCUCUAGAAGCAAAUAAAUCGGAGGAAGCAGAGAAGCUGAUUAAGGAAAUUGUAUCCCGCUAUAAAAAUAUGGCUUAUGUCCAUGAUUUAGAAAGCCAAAUCCAUUUGAAUAUUGCUCUGCCUCUAGGCAUCGGCGAUUUGGAUAUGAGAAAGAAGUAUCUUUCUGAUGCUGUUGCGUCAGCUGCACAAGCCGUUGAUCUUGCUCCAGCCUCGGUUGAAUAUGUCAUAUCUCUGGCCAAAGCGCAGUUUAAUUUAGAACUCACCGAAAAGGCCAUUGCUCAAAGCAAAGAAUGACAAGGUGUGCGCAGCGCAGAGAAUUGUAUAUCUCAAGCAAGGUUAGAUCAUAUGGAAGUUACCACAGAUGUUGCCUUUAGAUUCAUGAUUUCAAAUGUGUUUAUUUUCUCUUUGCUUUUCUUCAUUUUGUAUCAUAAUACAAAUAUUAGACAUUGAAUUAUUAGCAGGUAACAGCCUUACAAUCGCAAAAUAUUGUCAUUUUUCAGUGAAUUGGGCGAUUAUUUAAAAUCAUUCAACCACAAUGGUUGAACUCAA